AUGUCAUUGGUGUCCGAAAAAUUCUUCCCUUUAAAUAAAUUACAAUUUUCUACAAGAAUUACAAGAACUGGUUCAAUUUUUAAAAAUAAUUAUUGGUCAUAUGAUAUUAUAUAUAUGAUAUUUAAACUCGAUGCAAAUCAUGAGGUCUGUGUAAUUGUUUCUUAUCAAGAUACAACUAUUAAUUUAUCUUCAUUAACAAAUACAGGAGAGGCUAAUUGUACAAUUCAUAUAGAUUUUUUAAUGAAAAAAGAUUUAAAAUCUCCUUCAGGAUGGAAAACAAAAGGUUAUAUUCCUAUAUUUUUAAAACCUCAAGAAGAUUAUAAAAUUAUUAAAGAAGCAAAAUUUGAUAAAGGAAUGAUGUUAGGUUAUAGAUUAUUUCCUCCUUAUAUUGAUAAAUUAACUGAAGAUAUUUAUCAAUUACCAAAUAUUCAUACUCAUUCUUGUGGUGAAUUAACUUAUGAUCCUGAAAAUUCGGCUAUUAAUGAAAAAGAUUUAGAUGAAAAUAAUAGAAUUGAUGAUAUUUAUUUGGAAUAUAAUGAUUAUAUUGGUAAUAUACAAGAUUAUAAUGAUGAUAAUAUAUCUCAUUAUUCUUUAUCUGAUCAGGAAGAUAUGCCACAAACUCCAGGAAGCGUAUCUUAUCCAAUCAAUAUAAUAAAUAGUAAUAGAAAUAAUGACGAAACUUUGGAUUCUCCUAAUUCAAAUUCAAAGGUUUUAAUUUGUAAUGAAAUUGAAUUUAUUUAUUUAACUAUUCCAAAAGAAUCUUUAUUGGAAUUAAUGGAUUCUUUGGAUCGCCUUUCUGACGAUGAUAUCCGAAGUGGUUCAUCACCUGGAUUUGGUUUUGGAGUUGAGGGUACUUUAAAAGGGAUAUUUUAUAAAAUCAUAAAAGUAGAAGAUAAAGUUGGAUUUGCGUACCAACGUCGAUUGUCGAGUGAAUUUAAUUAA